AACGACCUGUACCCGACCAAGUCCCCCGUGUUUCUCCGUGACGAUGACUUCAAGGCCAAGGUGGUGGUGUUACAGAGUGUCGCGGAGGGUGUAGUCGUCAUUCGUUCAGCUAGCGACGGAGAUGAGCUGAUCGUUGGUGCCAACGGCGGCUGCUACUUCGAGUCUUGCGUGCUUGGUAUCGGAGAGGAGUUCAAGGUUGAGGCUAUCGCGAAUGGGUCGGUGGUGUUCGUAUCGUGCCGAACAGGUCACGUGCUCGACACCGACGACACGGGCUUUCCCCGUUGCGUAGAUACCAUUCGCCGCGGAUGGUUCCUACUGCAGCACGAAUUCGCCCACAAGGUCAGCGAGAACCCGGUCGUGGAAGCUGCGCCAGCCAUGGGACCGGACUGUGGACACUGCAGAGAUUACGAGGCCAUGGAGCGUCGGGAGUACAUUAUGAAGCUGGUUUCGCUGGGCAAGUCGCUGGAGGAAGUCGAUGCGAUUCUGCUGCGGAUGUACGCG